GUCGUCUCCAAGUUGAAAAAUAUUUGUGCGCCUUGUUGCAAUCUUCGACUCGAUUUGGAGGCUCGAUCAUUUCCAGAAAGUCAAAAAAUAAUCUCAGACUCCUGAGCGACCUUACUCAAACUUGAAAGUAGUCUGCAGGUUGUAAUGCAGACAGUCGGUCCACUGAGGUCGAUCUGAGAAGCCGAUUCAACUCCUCCUCACCUUCAAGUUCACUUACAAAUAGCCCUGGACAUUUUUUGCCAGCCGAAAUCCUUUUCACAACUUUCAAUCAACUCGACAUUCUCAAAAUUUUCUCCGAGUUGUAUUGCCAUCUACGCAGUUCACCAACACCAAAAUCAAAAUCCAAGUCUCUGAAGCCACACCUCAUCUGUCACAGAAAUGGAAUCUUUUCAAGCCUGCGAUUACCACCUUACGGCCUGGAAUCAUCUGAAGUUACACAUGAAUCCAUUCAUGAAAGUUCUUUGUCUUGAUGGCAACUUUUACCGCAUGAUGGACUCCAUCACCAAGUCAUACAUCGCUGCAAAAUUCAUGUCGGUCAUAGACAGUGUCUUUCGUUUCCAGCACUAACUUUCGAUAGGGAUCAUGUCUCUGAAUCAGUGAUGUUUGUUCGAGAUGGGACAGGCUCCGAUCGCUAUUUCCUUGGUGCUCCUCGCCACUUCGUCGCUGAAGAAGGAGUCGUUUUGCGAGUCGUCGACGCGGAGCCAGUCUGGACAAGGCGUCCAGUGUCCUCAUCACAGGUUGCACCCGUUCUCGUGGACACCAAACCUGUCAGGAUCCCACGACCACCCAAUGCGUACAUUCUGUAUCGAAAGGAGCGGCACAGUUUGGUCAAGGAGGCUCAGCCAAACAUCACGAACAACGAGAUCUCGACAAUUCUUGGACAAGCUUGGAACAGAGAAUCGCGUGAGGUCCGCGAGAAAUACAAAGCCAUGGCCCAUGAGAUCAAGAUCUCCAUGCUGAAAAAGUAUCCUGACUAUCAAUACAAGCCGCGCAAGCCCUCUGAGAAAAAACGGCGUAUGCGACGCACUGCGUGCGACACCUUGACUGAAUCGACAUCGCCAGAUAGCCUGGGCGUGCCAACACCCCUUUCCUCUGCUUGACACAUUUUCAGAGUUUGUCAUUUACGUAAAGAAUGACGAUAUGCUCGGUUGCAAUUUUGAUAUUUCCUCCAUCACACAGGGUUUCGCCGCGAGGCGCGGAGAAUAGCGUUUUAAUUUCGGCGACGAAGGCUUGGACAAGCUUGGUGUUUGACUUUUAAAUACAUAGACAUUUGGUAGACGUUCGGUACAUUAUAUACUAUAGGCAUAAAUGAAU